AUGGUCCGGCGCACCAGCGCGGCCGUCUCGGCGAUCGAGUCGACGGUGCCCGGAGCCACUGCCCCGACCGUCGUGAACGCCGUCAACCCGACCGAGCAGUUGGACACCAGGACCUCGCCCUCCUCCCCGCGGCGGCAGCAGCCUCCCCGCCAGCGCCCGGCGCAUGUUGUACGCGAUGUUGAGCGACAGCAGCCUGCCGGGCCAGCGGGCGAGGUGCAGCGUCGCGUACCGGCUCCACCAGGCCACCAGGACGUCCCCCUCGCUCACCCAGGGCUGCGGCCCGUCGCCCUCGGGGUCUGCGGGCUGGUUGGCAGCCAGGCGUGCCAGCACGUCCUGCCGCAGGCGCGCGAGGAAGGGUUCAGGAACGCAGACGAGGCGGCUUUCGCACCCGCGGUGCCACGCGAGGUUCUCCCAGGUGCGGCGCAUCACCCACAGCAGCGUGCGCAGCGGGUGUGGGUGGAAGCGCCGGCGGGCGGGACGCGGCGGCCGCGCAGCACCAGGGACCAGGCGUCCAGCACGGCGCCGAGCCCUGUGAUGUCGCAGAGCGAGUGCAGGCAGCUGACCGCCACCGUGGUGCCGUCGCGAAAAGUGACCACGUGGAGUUUGAGCUGCGGCGAGCCGCAAGCGAUCCAUUCUCCAGAACCCCUGGGUGCGCCGGCACGCCGCGCCAGGGGGGGGGAGGGUGUCGGGAUCGAGUACGACGCUCGGCUUGUCGCCGCAGAGCGCCUGAGAAUAGUCAUCGUCGGCGGCUCCAUCUCAGGUCUUGUUCUGGCGCACGCUCUACAGCGGAUGAACAUUGACUAUGUUCUCUUGGAAGGCAGAGGAGAAUUCGCACCACAGAUAGGGGCGUCGGUGGGGAUCCUGCCCAACGGAGCCCGCGUGCUUGACCAGAUUGGCGUGUACAGCGCCAUCGAGGCCAUAUCGGAGCCCCUGGGCGUGUCGGGUCUUUACUACCCUGACGGUUAUCGCUACCAUAGUCCAUACGCCAGGACCACUCACGAAAGCGUACGGGUACACUGCGCCGACGGGACCGUGUACACUGGCGAUCUGGUUGUAGGUGCGGAUGGCAUCCACAGCAAGAUCCGCAGUGAAAUUUGGCGGAGGCUGGGCCCAGAAGACGUUUCUUCUGCUCUGCCUCAGAGGGAGGCUAAAUACAUCAAAGUGGAGUUCUCAUGCGUGUUUGGCAUCUCGCGCGACGUCCCAGAGCUCAAGGCUGGCGAGCAGACGAUGAACUUUCUCGACGGCCGAGGGGCCCUCAUCGUCAUCAAUUCCAAGGACGAUGUAGUUUUCUGGCUCCUCGUCAGGAAGAUGGAGCUGUCAUAUACCUAUGAAACCGCACCGAAGUUUGGCGAGGCUGACAUUGUCAAAGCUUGCACGCCGCUGCUUGACGUUGUGGUUCAAGACGAGGGCGGCGUCACAUUCCGUAAGGUCUGGACCAGCAGGACGGCCUGCAGCAUGUUGGCCAUGGAAGAGGCCGUCUUCCAGGCGUGGACUCAUGGGAGAAUGGUCUGUAUUGGCGACAGCAUCCACAAGAUGACCGUCAACUUCGGGCAGGGAGCAAACAUGUGCAUUGAAGAUGUCGCCGUGCUUGUGAACCUGCUCCACCGGUGCCUGGCCGAGAAGGAACCAGGCGAAAAGCCGUCUGACUUGGAGGUUUCCGCACUCCUGGACCGUUUCAACAAGAACCACGUGUCAAGAGUGACUGAGGUGUGCCAAGUCUCGGAAACGGUGACAAGAUUCCACGCCCGAGAUGGGGCCAUCAGAUCUUUCGCUGCAAGAUACGUCAUGCCAUGGAUCAUGGACUGGAUUCAGACCAAGCCCUUCCGAAUGUUUGCCGGCGGUCAGAUGAUCGAAUUUCUCCCGGUUCCAGAAAGGGUGCUUGCAAACGCCACCUGGGGGCAGUACGCUCCGCAGGCAGCGACUGCCAGAUGGCCAUUGGUAGCUUCGGCUUGUGGGUUAAUCUCGAGUUGCUACCUGCUUCUGGUAAACAGCAAGGGACGGGAGUCACGGGCUGUGUAG